GGUUAUAUUAUUUUUUUUUUUUUUUUUUUUUUUUUUCCAUUCCUGACACUAUCACAUUUCCAACAUGGGGAAUAUGUUUGCAAACCUGUUCAAAGGCCUUUUCGGCAAGAAAGAGAUGCGUAUUCUGAUGGUGGGGUUGGAUGCGGCAGGUAAAACCACUAUUCUAUACAAGCUGAAGCUAGGAGAAAUCGUCACCACCAUCCCUACAAUAGGUUUUAACGUAGAGACAGUAGAAUAUAAGAACAUCAGUUUUACGGUGUGGGAUGUGGGCGGUCAAGACAAGAUCCGGCCUCUGUGGCGUCAUUACUUCCAGAACACACAAGGUUUAAUCUUCGUGGUGGACAGCAACGAUCGGGAGCGAGUGAACGAAGCACGGGAAGAGUUGAUGAGGAUGUUGGCGGAAGACGAACUCCGAGACGCAGUAUUGUUGACGUUCGCCAACAAACAGGAUCUGCCGAACGCCAUGAACGCCGCGGAAAUAACAGACAAGCUGGGAUUGCACUCCCUCCGUCAUAGAAACUGGUACAUCCAGGCAACCUGUGCAACUAGCGGAGACGGUCUCUACGAAGGACUGGAUUGGCUGUCCAAUCAGCUCCGGAACCAGAAAUAAAAACCACCAAUCAUUAUAUAUAUUUUUUUUCUCGGGUUUAAGUUUUUUUCUUUUUUUUUUUUGUUCUUUUUGUCCCCCAUCUCCUCUUCAUGCCUUCCUACUCCCUCCUAUUUGCUUCUCUUUAAUGUGGCCAACUGGUCAACUUUGCGGUCUUGAGUGCUGCAACCAGUACUUCCCUCCCCCCUCCCCCCUACAGUGUGUAUCCCACCAUGCUGUACAUGUGGCAAUGAAGAGCCUGAACACAGUUAGGUGUCUUUAUUUAAUGUAAAUAGUUUUUGUUUUUGGGGUUUUUCUUUUUUUUUUCAAUGAGGCAGUUUCUGGUACUCCUAUGCAAUAUUACAAUUUUUUUCUUUUCUUUUUUUCUUUUCUUUUUUUCUUUUAACGUAUCAGAUCACCGUCUAGUACUGGAAGGCAGAACAAAUCACAAGUGUGUGUGAUCGAGGCUGCUAAAUUUAUCAUCGCCCCCCCCCUUUUCUUUUCUUUUUUUUUCAGAAAAUUAAAACGUUUUGCCAGUUUACCUCACAUGCUGACAGGUGCGUGCGUCAGUCCCUUUCUAACAAAAAAAAGGUGACAAUGUGUUACUUUUUUUUUUUUUGUUACUGGUCAACUUUUUGGAGACUGCUUUAGAAACCGAUUUAAAAUAAAAAUAAAUUGGGAGCUGGAGAAUAUUCAUAUUUUAGGGGUUAAACGUAAUGCUAUGAAUUCCUUUGCAUGAUGAACAGGUCUGCUUUUUAUCGCCGCGCCGCCGGAUCUGUCUGCAUUUUUGCAGCUUCUGUGCUUCUGUUUGUGCUCGAGUGACGACGACUUUUUUUUUUUUUUGUAGAUUUAAAAAUUGUACAAUGCUAAGCAACCAGCCACGAAAGUAUACGGGAAGUGAGAAAUACUCCUUUCUUUUAAAAUUGCACUGGAAAUUCAGUUACACAAAUUGCGAAAGAACAUCAGAUCAUUGUUUUUUUUUUUUUUGUUUUUUUUCGGAACCGAUUUAUACAAAGCAUAGGCGGGACACUUGCAGGUCUAGCUGUGCGAAUCAUACUGGUAUGGAGACUAGGGGGGCAUUUGAACUUUCCCUUGUUUUACCCCCAUUCCGCCAGCCCCCGGGGCUGCUGUUAGAAACCACGCGGUCACAUCCAAGUCGCACCCAUCCAAAGUUGCACGACUCUGGAGUCUUGCGCGUUACUGGGACAAAAAAAUAAAGUUUCGGCUGGACGUGCACGUUAACCAUUCAAAGCGGAAAGGCUUCUUGUACAGAUUUAAAGCCCAUCUCUGGGUAAAAAAAAAAAACGUUUCCCAUGCAGUUGGACGGUUCAACGCGUUUUGUCUAGGGGUGAGGAAAAAGUUUAUACUCGCCCGCUCUUUCAUUCUUCCUGAAAAUGGCGCCCCCCCUAUUCCAGCAGUGAACUGUUCCUGGUCUAUAGAGCGUCUUGCUCUCAGGAACGGUCCAUCACUAGAGGGGGGGGGGGGUUGGACCGAUUCUUGUACAAGGAGGGAUCAGGUAAGUGAAUCUUCUUUCUCCUCUACCCUAGACAGUCCCCCUCUGCAUAGGAAAACUUUCCUGGAGUCGGGCUUUAAACCUUUUUUUUUGGUUGAAUUUUUAUGGCCGCCUGGACAAGGCGGUCAACCACAGGCUUUGGUGCCCACGUGACUGCCGGCCGCCCCUUCAUAUCUGUCGGUGAAAAUCCCAAGCCACAGCUUCUUGCAUCGUCUGGGUGCCCUUGAUGGCGGCUUAAAGCUUUACCGGGAUGGCAGUGACCUCAGAAUCCUUUGUGUCCCCAGAGUGUGAAUGUCUCGGGGCCACACAACUCGGCCCUGAUCCCAAUCCUUUCUACAACUUUGAGUAACUGAUUGCCUAGAACCCCCCCCCCCCCCCCCCCCUCCUGUUGCAGUCAUUCCAUACAAGAACGCAGACAUCUCUCCUGUCUGGAAUCAUUCCCGGCGGCACGCCUCUUGCUGCAAGGCUCAGAUUUGCCAUUUAAUAACUAUAUAUAUAUUUUUUUUUUUUUAUUAUUAUUCCUCUUACUUCUGAUCAACACUGAAACGCUGGAACUCGGUGGAACGUUAAGGACCUGUGCGAGCCGGUUCAUUUAGUGAUGUGGAAUCUUUAUUGUUUUCAGUAAACAAAAUCGUAAUCAAAACUGUUUUGUAAACUUGUUUUCAUUUGGACAAACAAGCACUGUAAUUAAAGCUAUUAGAAUAAAAUUCCAUCUAUUUCA